ACUUGUCACAAGAACCAAAAACAGAGAGAAAGUACCUGGCUGGCUAGUCCACUUCCGGCUAGCUCGCACCACCAGCGAUUUUGACUCAGAGCGAACUAGCGCAGUCUGUCGCUCCGCAAGGCGAACGAACCCCGCCAAAAAAAUCACUUGUGUCUGAUCUGUCUGUUUGUUCUAUUUUACGGUGGGAAUUGAGCCUGUCUGAAUAGCGGGUGGUUCCUUCUGGUGUCUGCCUACGUGCUGAAAAGCAUCUUUGUUUUGCCUUCUUAAACAAACCGAAGAAUCCCCUCAUCAUGGCUGCUGCUGCGGCUGCUGCGGCGGCAUUGGAUCCCAGCAACAGCUCGAAAAAUACCCUCAAGAUAGAAAACUUUGACAAACGAAACGCCCUCCAAGCUAUCGAGAAGAAAUACCAGAAGCAAUGGAAGGACAACAAGGUGUUCGAGGUCGAUGCACCCUCUCUUUCCGAGGUUCCAGCAGGGUCAAUGUCCUCAUCAGAACUUCGCGCGAAAUAUCCCAAAUUCUUUGGCACGAUGGCGUACCCAUACAUGAACGGCACCCUGCACGCGGGACACAGUUUCACCGCUAGUAAGGUUGAAUUCAUGACCAGUGUGGCUCGUAUGCAGGGCAAGAGAGCUUUGUUCCCCUUGGGAUUCCACUGCACCGGAAUGCCUAUUCUUGCAUGCGCCGAUAAACUCAAGGAUGAAAUCAAGUUAUUCGGAACGAACUUCGAAGGAUAUAAAGAGGAACAAGUUGGGCCAGAGCAACCGCCUGCCCCUACACAGGACGUUGCUGUCGACCCAACCAAGUUUUCAGGCAAGAAAAGCAAGGCUGCCGCGAAGACGAUCAAGGCAAAGUACCAGUUCCAGAUUAUGCUUAGUAUUGGCAUUCCAUUAGAGGACAUCCAUAAGUUUGCUGACGCUCACUACUGGCUGCAAUAUUUCCCACCACUUGCUAUCCGUGACUUAGACAACCUGGGCGCAAAGAUCGACUGGCGCAGAGAGAUGACAACUACCGAUGCCAACCCUUACUAUGACGCUUUUGUACGUUGGCAAAUGAACCGUCUGCAUGAGCUAGGAAAGAUCUUGUACGGUAAUCGGUAUACUAUAUAUUCUCCCAAGGAUGGACAACCUUGUAUGGACCACGACCGAACAGAAGGUGAAGGAAUUGGGCCGCAAGAGUACACUGCAUUGAAGGUUAAGGUGACAGAAUGGUCAGCCUCAGCUGCCGAAAUUGUUAAGGGCAAGAUUGAGGAUGAUGCCAAUGUUUACUUCAUCCCUGCUACUCUCCGCCCGGAAACCAUGUAUGGACAGACUGCCAUCUUCUUGGGACCCAAGAUUCCGUAUGGUAUUUUCAAGGUUAAGGAUAAAGAGUAUUAUAUUGUCACGAAACGUGCAGCUUGGAAUAUGGCGUUCCAGGGAACUUUCUUUAGCAGCGACAACUUCCCCAUGACUCAGAACGAGCUCCCCAUGGUUGCCCAGGCUCCAGGCUCUGCUUUUGUCGGCACAUCCGUCUCCGCUCCACUCUCCGUUCAUAAGACAAUCAAGAUAUUGCCUAUGGAAACAGUGUCUGCGACCAAAGGAACUGGUGUUGUGACCUCUGUUCCCUCUGACAGUCCGGAUGACUAUGCCACAAUCACAGAUCUGGCGAAGAAAGCUGAAUAUUAUGGGAUCAAGAAGGAAUGGGCAGAGCUCGAAAUCCCACCGAUCAUUGAAACCCCAACCUACGGCAAUCUCACGGCCCCCGCUUUGGUGAAGCAGUUUAAGAUCAACUCCCCCAAGGAUGCAAGCCAGCUGGCUCUAGCUAAAGACCUCGCUUACAGUGAAGGGUUCUACAAGGGUACUAUGCUUGUUGGUGAAUUCAAAGGCGAGACUGUUCAAACUGCCAAGGACAAAGUGCGACAGUCUCUCAUCAAAAGUGGCGCCGCUUUCCCCUUCGCAGACCCCUCGGGCAAAGUUGUCAGUCGAAGUGGAGAUGACUGCGUUGUGGCUUACUUGGGCCAGUGGUUCUUGAACUACGGUGAAAACGAUGCUGAGUGGCAGAAGGAAGCUUUGAACCAUCUUCUCAAUGGAAUGAACACCUACGCGACCGAAACGCGCAAUGGGUUCGAGGCUAAUCUCAGCUGGUUGAACCGAUGGGCUUGUGCUAGAACAUAUGGUCUUGGCUCCAAGCUUCCGUGGGAUCAAAAAUUUUUGGUUGAGAGUUUAAGUGACAGUACUAUUUACAUGGCCUACUACACAAUUGCCCACCUACUUCACGGUGAUCGAUUCGGCAAAACUCGUGGCUUGCUCGACAUCAAACCCGAGAACAUGAUCGAUGAGGUUUGGGAUUAUAUCUUUACAAGACGUGAGCUUGACGACAGCAUUAUUCAGAAGAGUGGCAUCAGCAAAGAUUACCUCCAGCAAAUGAGACGUGAAUUCGAGUACUUUUAUCCCUUGGACGUCAAUAUCAGUGGCAAGGACCUCAUCCAGAACCAUCUUACAUUCUUCCUCUACAUCCACAUUGCGCUUUUCCCUCCAGAGUUCCGGCCACGUGGAAUCCGUACCAACGGACACUUGUUAUUGAACGGAGAGAAGAUGAGUAAGAGUACAGGCAACUUCUUGACCUUGAAAGAGGCAGUGGAGAAAUACGGCGCAGACGCAGUCCGAAUUGCUUUCGCUGAUGCAGGUGACGGUAUUGAGGACGCUAAUUUCGAUGAGACUGUUGCCAACAGUAAUAUUCUUCGCCUUCACACUCUCAAGGAAUGGGCUGAAGAGGUUGCUAAAGAUGAGACCCUUCGCACCGGCCCAGCAGAUACAUUCUGGGAUAAAUUGUUUAACAAUGAGAUCAACGUGAUUGUUCGGGAAGCAAAGCUCCAAUAUACCGAGACCAACUUCAAACUUGCCCUCAAAUCGGCAUUGUAUGACCUUACUAGUGCCCGCGACGCGUACCGCGAAGCUGCAACUGCUGCUGGGGUGGGAAUGCACAGGGGUGUUAUUCUCCGCUAUCUUGAGAUCCAGGCUCUUAUCAUCGCGCCUAUCACUCCUCAUUGGGCUGAAUACGUCUGGCUUGAGGUGCUUAAGAAGGGUGAUACCAUCCACCACCAAGUUUUCCCUGAAGUACCAGAGGCGGAUGUAGGCCUUUCGGCAGCAUCGACUUAUGUUCGUGGCACUGCGUCCAACAUUAACUCGGCUGAGGCAGGCAUCGCCAAGAAGCUUGCCAAGGGCAAGGGAGUGUUAUUUGAUCCCCGCAAGCCGAAGAGGAUUACGAUCUACGCGGCCAAGAACUACCCAGCAUGGCAAGAGAAAUACAUCGACCUUGUGCGCGAAUCGUUUGAUAAGCUCAACGUGUCCAUUGACGAAAAGGCAUUGAAUGCCAAGGUUGGCAAGUUGGGCGAGAUGAAGAAGGCGAUGCCAUUUGUGCAAGGAUUGAAGAGGCGGUUGAUCCACAACAAGGAAACUCCUGAGACAGUCUUUGACCGAAAGCUUCCAUUCGAUGAACUCGCCGUGCUCCAGGAACUCGUCGUUGGCUUGAAGCGGACGACGGGGGCCAAGGAAAUCGAAGUCGUGGCUGUUGACGACGGUGGCAAGACCGGCACUGUCGUGGGCACUGGCGAGAAGAGAGAGAAUAUCGCUGGGGACAAUGCGGUGCCCGGCCAGCCCAGUUUUCAAUUCGCUAAUAUUGAGUAAGAGGUUCUAGAUAAUAAGCAUAAAAUGCAAUUUUCCUUCUUCUAUUUCAGCUGGAUAUCUUUGCAAGGGACUAAGA